UCAUCAUCCAUCCCUGGAUUCUCCAAGCACUGACUCCCAUCCACUGACCACAGCCAGGGACCACAUCCCACUGCCUGCCCAGAGUCCAUCCAUGGAGGUGACCACCGUGUCCCCAUCUCCUGCCUCACCCACUGAAGGAGACGAUCUCUGUGAGAUAGAUGUCACCAAUGUGGCCAAACACAGUGUGACACUGCUCAUCUGCCUCUGUGGGCUGGCUGGGAACGGGGCUGUCCUCUGCCUCCUCAGACUGAAAACCCGUAACGCUGUCAUCUUUGACCUGGCUGUCAUCGACUUCAUCUUCCUACUCCUCACACUCCCCUCUGCCCUCCUCUUCCUGGUGGAGGACAUGUCCUGCUCUCCAGUCCUGCCCUUGAUGUACGUGAGCUUCCUUUUCCAGCUGUCAGUGAUCUCCUACUUCUGGGGGCUGUACCGGCUGACGGGCAGCAGAACUUCGGACGUUGUCGAAAAGCUCUUCCAGCUCUGCUGCCACUGUGAACUUCCUCUGCGUCUGCGGUGGGUGUUGUUCAGUGUCCAAUACUGGGCCUUCUUUGCUCUCUUCACUGUCAUUCCCAUGAUGACAUCCCUGUGCCCGUCCCACGAGCAGGAGCACUGCCGGGCAGCUCUCAUCUCCAUCUACGCUGUCAUCCUGCUCUUCUUUGCUGCACCCGGAGUCAUUUCCCGUGCAAUCGACAUCAUUACAGCAACACGUGGCUCCAAGAAGCAGGAACCCAAGAGGCGACACGUCGUUGUCUUCAUCAUUGUGCUCUUCACUCUCCUCCUCAGCCUCUGCAAUUUCCUACAGGAGCUCGGAUAUUUCCUUGUGUCCUCUGAGGUGUUUUUCCUGCUCACCUGCAUCCACAGCAGCAUCAAACCCUUCAUCUACUUCUUGGCAGGGAGGUGCUGGAGUCCCUGCUCCAUAGGGUCCCUCCGACUCUCACUCCAGAGGGUCUUUGAUGACAAGAAAGUAAAAACUGCCCGCAGAAAUAAUGCACAGAGUGACACGAGGAAUGGGGCCAUCCUCUGGUUCCCCAGCAUCAAAGUCCAGGAAUCUGUUUACCACAUCCAUCCUGAACCAGGCCACCCUCAGGAGGAGCUGAACAGGGACUGUGCGUAG